CUAGAUUACUUCCUCAUAGAUGCUUCGGAGUGCAAGACUUCAGCUAUGAGUUACUAUCAAAAACUACGAUGUUUCACCAACAAUGCUUUCCCUCAUAAAAUAUCUGAUCGCUACUGUGAACUUAUGCGGGUGUCCCAUAUAUGGAGGGAUUUGAUGAAUAGAAAAUGGUUUGGCUUUGGACAUGAGACAGACAGACAUCCUGCACCAGGGGAUCUAGCUCUUUAG